AUCAUCUUUUUCUGUCGAAACAAUGGUUAUGCUAUCAGUACACCUACUUCGGAGCAGUAUGGCGGCGACGGCAUUGCAGGGAAAGGAGCUGGCUAUGGAUUGCAUACGAUCCGUGUUGAUGGAAAUGAUGUGUUUGCCGUCUACAAUGCUACAAAAGCUGCUCGGAAGCUUGCAGUCGAAAAUAAGCCAGUUCUUAUUGAGGCUAUGACUUAUAGACUAGGUCACCAUUCCACCAGUGACGAUUCGUCUUUCUACCGGUUGUCAGAAGAGGUGCAAGAGUGGGGUGAGAAGGGUCAUCCAAUCACUCGAUUUAAAAAGUAUAUUACUGCAAAAGGCUGGUGGAACGAUGAUGAGGACAGAAAAUGGCAGAAAGAGUGUCGUAAACGUGUAUUGAAGGCGUUUAAUAGUGCUGAAAAAGAAAAAUGGGCUCAUUAUCAUGAUAUGUUCGAAGAUGUGUACAAAGAAAUGACCAAUCGGAUCAAAAGCCAGCGAGAUGAAUUGGACGUUCAUAUUGAAGAAUAUAAGGAACACUACCCAACCGACAAGUGUUUACCCAAAAAUUCCGCUUUGUAA